AGGCUCCGCGGGUGCCAUGUCCUCGCUGGUGAAGGAGGACCUGGCGAAGAGGCUGUUCGGCCCCCGGCGGCAGAGGCUGCACGAGUUCAUAGAGGUGGAGGGCGCGGGUGCCCAGCGCUACUACCUGUGCGCCGCAGAACACUGGAAGAUACUCAAAACCAGAAAUUAUGUCCUCUUGACUACAAGUAAAGAAGUAGAAAUAUGUAUGGUGAAACACUGGCGAGUGAAUCGAGAGGAGAAAUAUGAAAUAGUUGAAAAGUGGUUUUUGAAAGAUCUGGAGAUGAUUGAUGGAAAAGAAGCAGAUACUGAUAAUCCAUAUUUUGAUAUGCACUUCCACAAGGUCUACAAUAUGGAAGCAUAUAGUUGUGCAUCUAAAUAUACCUUUGCUCGAACACUAAGCAAUCUGAAUGCAAUGUACCUUAAGAAGGACUUGAAGAUUGUGAACUUUGAUGACACCUACCUAAAUGAUGAUUCAGUCUGGUCAUCCAGUAAUAGGGAUUGCUUAGUAGUUAUGAGGAUGUGCUUCUAUGCUUCCAACCUUUUAUGUCUCUCCCUGUGCCCUUUGUCCUGAAGAUGCAUUUUCUAGCAUUAAGGUGACUGGUUGACUUUCACUGACCAGCAUUUCAUAUACCAUCUGAUCAAAAAGAUAGUAAGUGAUAUGCAGUAUCUGCUUUUUAAGUUUUCAUGUAAGUAAAAAAUGGAGCGUACUUUUUACAUAAACAAUUGACCAUUUAUAUAUAUUGGGAGGGCCUCACUCUAACAAAUACUUACAAAUACAUGAGACUCACAAGGUAGAACCAGUAAUUCUCAUGGUCACUAGUGAUUGCUUUUGUAAGUAGAGUUCAGCAUUUGCUCAUAUAUUCAUGGAGGUAUAGAUUAUCUUUCAUUAAUAGCUGAAAUCAUUUUACAGCAUUAAGAGCAUAAACAGUUAAUUUAUAUCCUAGAAGUAGAAAAAAGAAAGCAACCAAUUGAGGUCUGUAUAAGAAUGAUGCACAUUUCCAUUUUCAAAAUGCAGAACUCCAUUAAAGAAAUCAUACCUACAUCCAUAUAAGAAUCCAACCCUCAUCCUGAUGAAUCGGAGUAUUGCAUUUAGGUACCAUGGGACCAACUUUUUACCUAUGCAGCUAUAUUAUAUUUCCUACAGAACAUUUAGUGUGCCCUUUGGCCUUCACAUUUGUGGUACUGUCCUAGAUAAUAAAUGUUCUUAAGCAGCAUUGCUUUAUUUGUCACACCUUUCAGAACUUUUGUAUCAUUAAAGUCUCCUUUCUAGCACUUCAGUGCUUAUAAACAGGCAAGGUUAAGGAGCAGAAACUGUUUAUGUCUCUGCCUCUGGUCCAAGAGAUAACAAAGUACUAUGUAAACAAUAGUUGUUGGCUACUACACUUACUUUGUAGGAAAGUGAUAGACCUUUCAAAAUUCAUAGAAUUAUGAGAGUUUUUUUCACCAGUUUUUAGCUAAUGUUAGCAUAUUCAGUGCACUACUUAGAGUUACAUUUACAAUGGGCUGGAGCCUACUUGAAUGUUUGGAACAUCUCAUAAAAAGUUACAGCUAGACUUGUGAUAGUAGUAUAUUACAGUAGAAACAGAGGAUGAAUUGAAGCUGUACGGAAGCAGGAGCUGAAGGGGAACAAUGUUAAUAGUAAGAAGCACAGUGAUACUGCCUGGUGUCAGUCAGCCAUGCUAGUUGGCUGUUCAUCCCAUAAUCAAUAAAGAAAUGCCAACCCAGAAGGACUUUCAGAGAAGCUUCUGGUCAAAACAUCCUGCAGGAGAAAAUCACUUUUUGUUUGGCAGCCAAGAGAGUAUAGGAAGGCUAGCUGUGGACUAAACCAGGUGUGGACCUAAAGCUGACUGAUGACAGCUCCUAGGAAACCAGAGGCUGCUUCAUGUUCCCUCUCAGCACCUGCCAUCUGUACAACUGGAUAGUCACACAAGGGUACUGUGACUUGUACUUUGCUGUUGUCUUUCACAUGAACUCCCAGCUUUGAAAACAUUUGUGCAAAUGUACUUUGGAUUCAAAAUUAAAAUAACAUCCAAUAAUUGAGAAUAUAUUUGAAAAACUGUAACAUGUACAGCUUUCCACUUUUAAAAUGUUACCCUAUUGCGUGUAUAUAGGAAAGGCCAUACCUUUGAUUAGCUAAUCUUCAGAAGUUAUAUAUUUAUUCUAGGUACAUGUUGCAAAUUACAUGCAUUCUAACACAAAUCUUAGUAAUUAUGUAUAUCAUGACAGUUGUGAGGGCAAUUUAUGCGGGUAACACAUCCUCUGGAACUUGUAAGAACUUAAGUCUUAAAUUUGCCACCUACAUACUGUUAAAGAGAAGGAUUGUAUUUCUAGUUAUUGUUUGUGAAAAUCAGUUGUUCUUUUGAGAAUGUCUUUGGGGUAAUCCAUUGCCAGUAUGUGUGUUGUGACAUUUGAUUAUUAGCUACAAGAAGUAUUUGCCUAACAUCCAGGUUCCACAAAAUCAUCUUCAAUAGCAAGUAUAAUUCAUGCUACUGCUAUCCCUGAUACAUUGUCUUGUUUGAACCAUGUGUUAAUUGUUGAGAUCACAAUGUUUUCUGUAAUGUGUAUAAAUUCUUUGCUUAAUAGGCACAAGGAAAUGUUUUCUGGGUAGAAAAGCUUCCAUCAUUCAUCUCAUAAUUGUAAUAAAGACAUAGAACCUCUAAAAAUGAGCACUUCAGAUCACUCUUCUGAAAUAAAGUACAUAUAUAGUGAAUUCCUGACCCAAUAAUUGUCUGUAUCAUGUUAGAAACUGAUGAUAGCUAAAAAAUUACUAUAAUGUUCAGGCACAUUUAAUGGACUUUCUUUGGUAGUUUAUAUAUUUUUAUUCUUGUACCGUAUAAACAGUAAAUUGACUAUAUUAGAAGGCAAAUAAGCCUGCAUUUUAUGUGGA